GUAGCAGUAGAGAAAAAAAGUAGAGAAAAGUACAAACAACUGGGUAAAGGCUGACUGGAUACUGGAUAGGGUCCCAUCAUAUCCUACUGGGAAACAACAGCAGCAGGGUGACAGAAAGCAUUUUAAAAGGAAGGACGCUGUGUUAGGAUGAUGUGGCGUAUGCGCUGUCGCUCCAGGACAAUCUGUCUGUCCUUGGCCUUCAUCGCCAUUUUCCUCCACCUCCUCCUGGUGUUUGUCUCUCUUCCCAUUUACCACCAGCCUUGUAACCUCCCACUGCCACCCAGGACACAAAUCUUGAGAGACCUGGCAAGUGCAAACUACAACUCUGUGGGGAUCAGUGUUCCAGCUGAGCCACAGACUAAAACCACACAUAGAGAUUCUUCCAAUAAAGGUGCCAAUGAGGAUGCCAAAGGUCAUGUGCGAACACUUUCUGACGUGUUCUCAUUAGUGAAAGAAGGUAGAAAUGCCACUGUGAACAUGCCAGACAAUGCGGGUCGCCAUGGUACCAACCGAGCUGAAUCUGUGGAGUCUGGGCUGUCAAAGCUAGAGGCCCUGUUUGACCAUCCUCUUUACAAUAUGCCCAGCCCUUCUAUCCCUGAGGAGGACUGGCUUUUGAAAGUGAAAUCAAAGGUCAAGGCUAGUGAGAAGAGCUCCCAGAUGUGGGUGAGUGCUAGCCAGGAAGGCUACGACAACGUCGAGUGGAACAUCAACAGUGAUAGCCAUCCUCCAUGGCUGCGCUUCCACCUGAGCAUCUCCCGCUGGCAGCUGUACCGUCAUCGGGACCCCAACAUGGAGCCACUGACCCGGCAGCUCGCCACAGACCGCAUUGUCAGUGCAGUGCAGAAGUCUGGAGGGACGCAACUUAAGCUCGUGAUGUCAUUUCCUAACUAUGGACAAGCCAUGUUUAAACCCAUGAAGCAGGCGAGAGAUGAAGAGACCAAUUAUAACCUCUUCUACUUCUCUGACUUUGAGAGACACAAUGCAGAAAUUGCAGCUUUUCACCUGGACAGAAUUUUGGGUUAUAGGAGAGUCCCUCCAGUGGUUGGGAGACUGGUGGAUGUGGUCAAGCAGAUCAAAGACGUCACUACCGACCACAAGCUGGCCCGAACCUUUUUUACCUCCCCUGUGGGUAAUGUGUGUUUCUAUGGCCAGUGCUCCUACUACUGUUCAACAGAGCACGCUGUGUGUGGCCGCCCCAGAAACCUGGAGGCCUCCUUGGCUGUCAUGUUGCCGGAUCUCUCCCUGGCGGCUCGCAGGACCUGCAGAUCCCCGUGGAGACGCUCCUACAGCCGCAGCAAGCUGGCAAUGUGGGAGUCAGACGCAAACUACUGUUCAACAGUGAAAAAGACCCCGCCGUACGACAAAGGCACAAGACUAGUGGACUUCAUAGAUAUGGUCAUACUGGACUUCUUGAUGAGUAACAUGGACAGGCACCAUUAUGAAACUUUUGAGAAGUUUGGCAACAAUACUUUCCUACUACACCUUGACAAUGGGAGAGCAUUCGGGCGUCACUCCAAAGAUGAGCCUUCUAUCCUAACUCCUCUAAAACAGUGUUGCAGAAUCCGUCGAUCUACCUGGCUACGCCUCCGUCUGCUUUCUCUGCCUCAGUAUCGUCUCAGCGAUGUAAUGAGGGCCUCGCUCUCCCAUGAUCCUCUUCAUAGUGUGGCUGCACUGCUGUCAGAUCCCCACCUCGCUGCUCUCGAUCGGCGCUUGAAAACUGUGCUUAAGACUGUUAGUCAUUGCCAAAAGAGACGGAGUGAAGAUGGGGGUGAUGAUGAGGUCAUUUAUGACGACAUUAUCAACUUGAAAGAUAUGGUCACACCUGCUGGGUAGGAUGGCCUGAUCUCUGAUAACUGGUGACAAACAGUGUGAUUUUAGUUUUUGUAAUUUCUUGUUUGCAUUCUGUGACAAUAAUAAUUUCUCUCUAUGUUAAAAUACUGCUUUGACCGUCUUGACCUGUGUUGCUCCAUUUCAAAGUCGGCUUACAGAUAAUGUUAGAUGUACUUGUUUCAGUAAAAUCCCACAAUUUGAGCCCUCGUGCUAUUCUUAAGAAUUCUAUAACUUGGUGUUGUCUUUACUUGUUUCCUUGUUUUUUCAGUGAAUAUUUACCAAUUGUUUUUUUUCCAUAUUUGAAAUAUGAAUAUUUAAAAAACUUUUUAUUGACAUUGACUGUUUGAAAUGUAAUGUUCACAAUGAUGAAUGAAUUUAUCACACUAAAACACAAACUGACUGACAAAAAAAAACAAAAAAGACAACUAAAGAAAUUCAACUUAUUAAGGAAUAAUAAAUAAAUAGUCCUCAGAUUCUGA